GACAACAUUGUAGUAACUUGCUUGGUGUUUGUUUCCCAAUUGUAGGUACGACAACUUGAAAGAAGUAAGGUUGCAAUCAUCAAUCAGGUUUUCUGAAGGAAAGCAUGGGGCCAUUGGCGGACACAGUGAGAAGCAAGUCAAAGCAAGCGUUGCUGCUGUGGGUCGAUGGCGUAAGAGAUGCUUGCUGUCUCCACCGUGUCAUCAUCUACUCCCUCAGGUCAAAGCAGCUUGCUAUCCGUACGGGUCAGUGUUUUCUGUUGAAUGGAUUCAUCUUCUUAGGAAGUAUCUUUGUUCUGAAAUCAGUUAUCAUCCCUGCAUUGGAAUGGAUAUUACCUGGUCAUUGCCCACAAAUCAAUUCUCCAGAGUCAUGUUCAUUUAGCAGUAUUUUGGAGUUCUAUCGAUUCUUACGUGGUGGGCUUGUACAACUUUUUAAUGUUUUCUGGUUCUACCCGUUGUACAUAUUCAGCCUUAUUCUCAGCAGUAUCUGGUACAAUGACAUUGCUAAACAUGGGUUUUUCGCUUUGGAGAAUUAUGGGGCUCGUGAUACUAAGUUGUCUGAUCAAAAGGAGUCCCAAACUUUGCAAAGCACAGUUCAUAGGGAAAAAUCAACUGAUCUUGAAGGGUUUAUGAUCAGUAUAGCGGAGCAACUUUAUUCAGUCCUCUUACUGACUUUCUUCUUCGUGGAGGUUUAUGUUACUGGACUUAUCCCUUACAUCGGGAAAGCUCUAAAUUUUAUGCUUCUGUCAUGGAUGUAUGCAUACUAUUGUUUUGAGUAUAAGUGGAAUCUUUCUGGACUAAGUUUAGACAAGAGGCUGGACUUCUUCGAAUCAAACUGGGCAUUUUUUGCUGGUUUCGGAAAUCCCUGUGUCUUGGCAAUAUUUUUGUUCUCUCCGCUAGUGAGCUAUGGGGUUAUGGCUAUACUGUUUCCACUGUUUGUUUUAACUGCAACAGGCUCAGAAGCCGACAAAAUUGUUGCCUUGCCUAGAAGAAAGUGGAGGGGUGCUGGAUUGGGAAGGGUACCAAUAUUUUUCAUUGCCGAUUACGUGUCGAUGCGAGUCUUGAAACUCUUUUCGCUGAAAUCACGUCCCCAAAUGAAAGAGAACAAGGCUCUAUGAAAUAGAAUUAACAUGUUUGACGUAUUGCAACACGCUAUAACAAUGCAUAACAACAACAACAACCCAGUAAAAUUCCACAAACUAUGCAUAACCUGUAUUUUAUUUAUGAACUUGCAUUGGUAUGGGUCAGAAAAUGUUCCCAACUCAUCCACGAUUACAAAACGAACAUGUGUUUGUAAUUUAUCAUUCUUUAGUUAAGAGAGGAACAAAUAGAUCCAAAUGUGCUGCUAUCACAAAUGGAAGAUAGCAACUUGGAUGAUUUUUUCUGCAUCUUAUGUACAUAGUAAUUGGUAUGGUCAUUCAUUCAUAUGGACAAAUAUGUAUAUAUGUAACACUCCUCGACUUUAUAAAAGUUUCGAGACACGCUAUUUAUAGAA